CUAGAAUUGCACAUAAAAGAACUAGGUAUACAACUGAAGGAAGAAAACAAACCAAAACUGGUGCUGGUAAUAUGGGCAGUGCCUUGGGACCUGAUUGGCAUGAAGGCUUGAAUCUUAAAGGUACAAAAGAGUUUUCUCAUAAGAUUCAUAUUGAAACUAUGUGUGAAGUAAAGAAAAUCUACCUUCAGGAAGAAUUUAGAAUUUCUAAGAAAAAGUCCUUGCCUUUUCCCAGAGACCAUUCUAAUCAGUCAGUGACAACUGAUAAAGAGGUAUGGCCUGUAUAUGUGGAAUUGACUAAUGAAAAGAUAUACGGCUGUGAUUUCAUUGUCAGUGCUACAGGAGUUACACCAAAUACAGAACCUUUCCUCUGUGGCAACAAUUUUGAUCUAGGAGAAGACGGAGGCCUGAAGGUGGAUGCUCACAUGCACACGUCUCUCUCUGAUGUCUAUGCUGCAGGUGACAUGUGCACCGCGUCCUGGAGGCCCAGCCCGGUGUGGCAGCAGAUGAGGCUGUGGACGCAGGCUAGACAGAUGGGAUGGUAUGCAGCAAAAUGCAUGGCUGCAGCUAGUUUAGGAGAAUCUACUGACAUGGACUUCAGCUUUGAACUUUUUGCUCAUGUAACAAAAUUUUUUAACUAUAAGGUUGUAUUGCUGGGAAAAUACAACGCACAGGGCUUAGGUUCAGAUCAUGAAUUAAUGCUGAGAUGUACCAAAGGACAAGAGUACGUCAAAGUUGUCAUGCAGAAUGGGCGAAUGAUGGGAGCUGUCUUAAUUGGUGAAACUGACUUAGAAGAAACAUUUGAAAACUUAAUUUUAAAUCAGACCGAUCUUUCAUCAUAUGGAGAAGAUCUGCUAGAUCCAAAUAUUGAUUUAGAAGAUUAUUUUGACUAAAAAAGGCAUUUCAAGAACUACAGAAAGUUCCAAAUAACACAAAGUCACAAUAAGGUAAAUGCACUGAUUAAAUGAAGAAUACAGAAGUGAUAAUGAUUUCAGUGGGAAAAUAUAUGUAAAUUAUUUGAACUUUACAACACAAAACUGACCACUUAUGUAAAUGUAAGGAUUUAAGUUACUCAUUUCUGAUUUAGCUAAGUUGUUAUCUACUUAGCCAACAACUUGGUCUGGCAUGCCAGAGUCAUUCUGAUUGUGAAAUCUCAGAGACGGUUAUGGUUUCAGAUUUAUAUUAAUACCUUAUUGUGUUUAUGUUUGGAUUCUACAGGUGUUAUGAGCUGAAAUAACUCCCUGUCUGUAAUAAGCCUUUGUAAAAUAUUCCAUAUGAUAACUUCGCUAUCAAAUGUUGGUUAUAUCAAAAGAAAAUAAACAUAUCAAGGCAUAAGAGUUUAAGAUAAUUUUUGAUGUGAAAUACUCAAGUUCAAAUAACUGACAGUAUGAAAUGAGAAAAAUGUAAAAUACUUAAGUCCAGUACUUCAGAGAUAAGUUCCAUAUGUAUAAAAUAUUAAUAAAAUUUGUCUUAAACUGUUUUCUUGGAAAAUAAACACCUAUCUCAUGCAUCAUCAAUUUAUUCUUAGAUUGCUAAAGCAUGUUUGCAGACUUCUGAAAGUUACCUGGAUUUUUUUUCUUCCCUCUUUUUAUCAGCUCCUUCAGAAUGAAUCUACAAAUAAAAACAAAGCAAACAU